AUGGCCAAAGAUCGGGCCUCUGCAGCGCAGACUCUUGCGAAUCUUCUCCCAAAGCUACAUGACCCGGACCCUGACAUACGUUUCAUGUCCCUCAGUGAUUUAUGCAAUAUCCUUGUGGCACCAGCUUCUAGCUACAUCUCCAAUGACAGCAACUCGGCUGCACGGAUUGUUGACGGGCUGCUGAAGUCACUGACUGAUACGAAUGGAGAAGUGCAGAAUCAGGCGCUGAAGUGCAUGGGUCCACUCGCGACCAGGUUACCGGGCGAGACCAUAAACCCGGUCAUUGAGAAGAUCACGAAUCUGACCAAUUCGAAUUCCAUCGAUGUCUCAGUGCCCAACACUGCUCUCCGAACACUCAUCUCUUCUCUACCACAACCACAGCCAAUGGGGCCUUCAUCAAGUGAAGUUAAGACCGCAUAUGGUGGAGUCAGCAAGGUACUCAUUCCGCGUCUGGUCGGCCGCAUUGUCAUGCCGCAGGAUAAGCCGAGCCCACAGCUUCCGAGAGGCUUGCUGGAAAUGGAUCCUGUCCAAGGCUAUAGUACCGACGCUAUUGAUGUGCUUGUUGAGGUAGUCAAGUGCUACGGAUCUAUGCUACAUGACUUGGAGCUGGCAGCACUGAGCAAGGCUGUGAUGAUUAUCAUUGAAAGUCCACAGGCCGGAAAUGUGGUGAAAAAGAGAGCCCUGGCAGGUGUUGGCGCUCUGUUGGUGUAUUUUAGCGAUCAGAGACUGAGUCACUUCGUCUCUGAGCUAAUCGAAAGCUUUCGAAGUGUUCACCUUACACCGGGUCAUCGAAGAUAUCUAAUUGCCACCAUCGGAGCUCUAGCUCGCUCAACCCCAGCCAAGUUCGGACCCUUUCUGAAGACACUUGCACCUUUUGUGUUGAGUGCUGUAAGUCAGGAAGAAUUUGACGAGCUGGCGGCAGACAGCGAUGAGGAUCAUGAAACCGACCAGGAGACAGAAGAAUUACGUGAAGCUACUCUUGUCACGUUAGAGGCUUUACUUGGUUCUUGCAGCGCCGACAUGCAGCGAUACAUGUCCGAAGCAGUUAAUGCAGCUCUACGAUACCUCAAGUACGAUCCCAAUGUCGCCGAGGCUGAAGACGAGGAUAUGAACGAUGCCCAGGACGCUGGGAGUGAUGAUGGGGUAACGGAGGAAGCGGAAGAAGACGAAGACGACGAGUUUGCGGAUCUCGACGACAACGAUGCCUUCAGCGACGUAGACGACCUAAGUUGGAAAGUCCGUCGAUGCGCUGCUAAGGUUCUUUAUACCGUCAUCUCCAGUGGUACUGGACUUGACAGUGUCGUACUCUUUGAAAAGGUCGCUCCCAUACUCAUUUCGAGAAUGCACCUAGAGCGGGAGGAGAACGUCAAAUUCGAGAUUAUCUCUGCUAUCACAGCUAUGAUUAAGAGAACGGGCCAAGGAGCCCUUGUCAAUUCUACACAAACCGAGGGCUCGUUUGAAAUUGCGGCACCAUCCUUCAAUUCGCGAAAGCGAAGACGUCAGGACUCCGAUGCCAGUCUGGACAGCCUGGACUUGACCGCCUUUCAACACUCGCAGUCAUCUCCACCAGUGAUCCCUACCUCACCAGCGGCGGGUCCUCAAGCUGACUUGGCAGCAUUGACUCCGAAACUUGUACAAGCGCUUGUCAAAAUUUGGAAGAAAGCUAGCAUACCACUCAAACAGGCAGGGGUGAGCAUGCUGAGAAGCCUGACACUCACUCGAAACGGGGCCAUCGCAGAUUAUCUACAACAUGUGGAAGAUCCCAUCGCGGAUGCUUUAAAACCAUCAGGUCCUGCGUCCACUUCUGCGAGUGGAGCUUCAACGGCCUCUGCUACUGCAGCCAGUCUGCAAAUCGAGACACUGUCCUUGAUCAGUGUCAUCACCGAGACAACCUCAACUAGCAUACUCCUUCCUUUUGUCAUCGCCCUCAUCCCAGGGGUAACGAGCACUGUACGAGACCGAAAUUAUAAGGUGUCAAGUGAAGCGCUUGGGGCGCUGGAGCAAUUCGUCAAAGCAUUGACCCCACCUCGAUUACCAACGACAGACCAAGAUCUUGCUAUGCAGCUAGAGAAGCUAUAUGAGGUGAUAUCAGAAAGAAUCACGGAUAAUAAUGCUGAUCUUGAGGUUCGCCAUCGAGCCAUACAAGUGUUUGGUGUUCUUUUAGCUCGUACCUCACCAACUAAGAUGCUCAAACCCAGCAUGCGGUCAAAAGGCUUCGAUACUCUCAAAGAAAGACUCGCAAAUGAAACCACCAGGCUGUCCAGUGCUCGGGCUAUUGCCACCAGCGCCGCUGCCGUAACUUCUCACAACAACGUCCCCCCAGAAUGGGUUCGGAAUGUGUCGCUCGAGCUGGGAUCGCACCUUCGCAAAGCCGAUCGAUCGUUACGAUGGGCAUGUCUGGAUGCAUUGAAGAGCCUUGCACUCAAUCCCAAUACGGCUGCACAAUACGACGAGAAAACGAUCGAAGAAUUAACCAGUCUUCUGUUACCACUACUGAAUGUGUCUGAUCUCCACCUACUCACUCCCACUCUCGUCAUCUUUGCCCGCAUAAUCCCUACCAAUCCAACCAAGAUUGUGGGCGAGCCUCUAGUCGAAGCCCUGACCACCAUAGCUCGUUCACCUUUGGUUGGGUCACCACUCAAAGCUCUCCUGUUGUUGGUGAAAGUCAUCGGAGAGCAAGGCGCGGGCGCUGCACUCAUGAAAGGCUUCCUUGCUGUUGGAAUCAAUGGUGAGGUCUCCGUUGUAGGACGAUGCAUUGGUACCUUGGUAGUCUACGGUGGUCCUCAUGUUGGAGUUGGCAUAGUUGACUUUCGGAAGGAGUUGCAGUCAUCCCAUAACGAAAAGAACAAGUGCCUCUCGCUUGCCGUGCUAGGGGAAGUGGGCCUUCGGACGGGUUCUUCGUCUCCAGUUGAACCAUCCAUUUUCCUGGAAAGCUUAGAGUCGGAGUCGGACAAAGUGCGGGUAUCUGCAGCGGUGGCCUUGGGAAGUGCUGGAUCCAGCAACAUACCAACGUACAUGCCUCUGAUAUUGGAUAAUAUGGGUCAAUCUACCGGUUCAGAUUAUCUGUUAUUGCACGCGGUAAAGGAGAUUUUGCAGCAUCCGGAGAAUAUUGCGAGGAACUUGGCCCCAUAUGCCAAAGAGCUGUGGCAGAAAUUGUUUGUUGCAUCCAACUCCGAGGACAAUCUCGCGGUGGGAGCUGAAUGUAUCGGCCGGCUGGCAAUGAUUGAUCCCGGCACCUAUCUUCCGGAGCUACAUCAGUAUAUUCGUGAUCCACAGCCGAUGGUGCGCGGUACAGUGAUCACAGCAUUCCGAUUCUCGCUUGCUGAUUCAAGCGACGCAUAUAAUGCUUUUAUGAAAAACACCAUGGUGUCUCUACUGAUGACCAUGCUGAAUGAUCCGGAAAUCGGCAAUCGGAGACUAGCAGUCACUACGCUUAAUUCUGCGAUUCAUAACAAACCUGAUAUGGUGGUGCCUGAGCUUGGACAGAUCCUACCCGUUGUGCUGGCAGAUACUCAUAUCAAACAGGAACUUCUUCGGCAGGUUUCAUUUGGACCUUUCAAAAUUACGGUUGAUGACGGUCUGGAUUUACGAAAGAGUGCUUAUGAGACCCUGUAUGCACUCCUGGACACACCUGCAGCGCUCAGCCAUAUUUCCAUCCCCAUGAUCUAUGACCGAAUACUGGACGGGAUUCCAGAUGACCAUGACAUCCGUACCCUCUGUAAUCUGAUGAUUGGAAAGCUUGCCGUGGUCGACCCCGACGAAUCGUGGCGCAGACUAGGAGCACUAUCCGAGAAGUUCAAGGUGGUUCUGAGCCAGAAAGCGAAAGAGAAUGCCGUCAAGCAGGAGAUUGAGAAAUUGGCCGAAGCCAGUGCUGCGGUUGUUCGGACCAGCCUCGAGCUCGACAAGAAGUUCCAAUUGUCGGGUAGCGAAAGUAGUGGAGAUCUGGUGAGCUGGAAGGGAUACCUGGAAUGGAUGAAGAAGGAGUUCUCUGUACUCGUUCGCACUAUCCAGGAUGAGGGCUCAAUGUGA